CUCAAAGAAAAUGGAAUCGCUACUCUCAAAUCCUGAAUAUACUGUUGCACCAGUGAGGUUCAAAAAAUCGGUGACGUGCCCGCGAGUCCUGCCUCAUGUUCCUCACAUGAUCGCGGGAUUGGAAUGUAGUCGGACUGGUGUAUAGAGAUGGUAGAACGGCUGUUGAGUGGAAACAUGUAUUUUUUCAGUAUAUUUGGCAUUUGCUUAACAAUCAUCAGUCAGAUCAAUGGACAGGCAGGCGAAAUACCUUGGACGCAGCAAAAGCUCUCCCACAAGCCCAGCACGCUCCGCCCCAGUGACAUGGAGCGCGUCCUGUCGCACACGGACCUGACCCGCAUGUGGCAGAAGGAUCUGCUUCCCAUGCUGGUGCCCCGCUAUCCAAGCUCCCCCGGCAGCCUCUCUGUGCAGCAGCAUAUCCUGAGAACCCUGCGGUCGCUGAAGGCCGGCUGGGACACGGAGGAGGAUCGCUUUCAGGCCAACACGCCUUACGGCUACAUGACCUUCACUAACAUCAUCGCCACGCUUAACCCCGCCUCCAGGAGGCGCCUGGUUCUGGCUUGCCACUACGACUCCAAGUACUACCCGCCUCAGUGGCACGGCCGUGAGUUCCUCGGCGCCACCGACUCUGCCGUGCCGUGCGCCAUGCUGCUGGAGUUGGCCCGCGCUCUGGACCAGGAACUCAUAACCCUAAAGGACUCCAGCCCUGACCUGUCACUGCAGCUGAUCUUCUUCGACGGCGAGGAGGCUCUGUACCAGUGGACCUCCACUGACUCCCUGUACGGCUCCCGCCAUCUGGCCAAGAAGAUGGAGGACACCGUGCAUCCGCCCGGCGCCACGGACACCAACCUGCUACACGGCAUUGAUCUCUUCGUGCUGCUGGACCUGAUCGGUGCCUCGACGCCCCGUUUUGGCAGUCAGUUCCCCAACACUGCUAGGUGGCUGAGCAGGCUGCAGAACAUCGAGCGCCGGCUGCAUGCCAUGGGCCAGCUGGAAGACCAUCCAAUAGAGGUGCAGUAUUUCUGGCCGGGUCUGCCUGUGGGCCCUGUGGAGGACGACCACAAACCGUUUCUGAAUAAGGGUGUGCGUGUGCUUCACCUGAUUCCCACGCCAUUCCCCUCCGUGUGGCACACCUUCGACGACAACGAGGAGAACCUCGACCGGGCCACCGUCCAGAACCUCAGCAAGAUCCUGCAGGUCUUCGUGCUGGAGUACCUGAACAUGUGACGGCUCUCCUCGGAGUUCCCUCCCGCAUAGCUCGUGACCGUUUUAAACUCUUAUAAGGCGUCACCUCAGAAGUGUGUCUUUUACUGUUUCGCCUGUCUUACAGUGUGUUGUCCUCUUGUUGCCUGAGCAAAUCCUCCCACACAAGAGGAUCAUGACAGUGAAAACAGAUUAAAGGGAACAAGCGGAAACAA